GGAGGAUUGAGGAAGUGGCAGCACAUGGCAUGCUUUAAUACAGGAAAAAAAUAAAAAAUAAAACACCGGCUCGUACCGUUUGAGUCAGGCUCUCAGUCACAUCUGGAUGGAGUUUUCUGCUUGCGUUCACACACGGAAGGCUCUCCGACAAUUUACAGCUGUUUUCUGAAAAGAAAACUCCUAAAUUUAGCAUUUAUCACAUGACCUUCACUCGGACCGCUAUCAUGCCAUCAUCACUCAGACAGCUGGUGUUACUGCUGUGGACCAGCUCUUAUUGCACAAGAUGUGCUUCUGUACCGCAGACGUGUGUCCCGUGUUCACUGUCUUGUGAUGAAGCACCUGUGCUGAAGAAACAUGAGAGCGUCAUCAUUUCUAUAAUUCCUCCUUUACUAACAGAGCCGGACAGAGUGUACAAUGUGUCCAGUUUGUGUGAUGGAGAACGGUGUUCAGUGCAAGGUUGUUUCCAGAGAGACUCACUGUAUACACUGGAAAUAUAUACCUUUGGUGACGAGACCGUGUCUGAAAAACUUGUUGAUGAACCCAAUUUACAGCCUGACUGUAGUCCAAAGAGCAGACCAGUCAGGAAAUAUCCAAACAGUGCUGACGGGAAACUCUGUAACGAGCUCCUGAUCUCGCUGGCCAUUUGCUUCUUGAUCGUCUUCCUUGCCGUAGUACAGUAUAAGACCAAGUUUAUAGUCUACAUCACAGAGAGACUUCCUUGUAAGGGAAAAGCAAUGGCAGAAUCUUCACCAUCAAACGAACCAGGAAAAACCAGGAGGACGAAUAUAAAUUACCCUCCAUUAAUGUCAUCCUCCAGUGGUUCACUGUCUGAGGAGCUUCAGUGCUCUAUAUGUCUGGAUGUUUUCACUGAUCCAGUCUCGACUCCAUGUGGACACAACUUCUGCAAGAUCUGUCUGAAUGAACACUGGGACAACAGCCAGAUCUACAGCUGUCCAUACUGUAAAUACACAUUCAAGCAAAGACCUGAUCUCAAGAUUAAUACCACACUCCGAGAGAUUGCUGAUCCCUAUAAAAAGAAACCUCCUGAGAAAACAACUGAAGUUCUGUGUGACAUCUGUGAGGAAAGAAAGCUGAAAGCGCUGAAGUCGUGUCUGGUGUGUCAGAGCUCUUACUGUGAAACUCACCUGGAGCCUCAUUUGAGAGUGACACGUUUGAAGAAACACAAACUGAUGGAUCCUGUGAGUAAUCUGGAGGACUAUAUAUGUCAGAAACACGAAAGACCUCUGGAUCUGUUCUGUAGAGAUGAUCAGACCAUCAUCUGUCUGUCCUGUACUGAUGGAGAUCACAAGAACCACAACACUGUGUCUUUAGAAGAGACCGAGUUGAUGAUCCAAGACACACAGCAGAUGAUCCAGGACAGAAUCAAGAAGAUUGAAGACAUCAAACACUCAGCAGAAGUCAGACAUAGAAGCACACAGAAGGAUAAAACAGCUUGUAUCGAGCUCUUCACUGAUCUCAUCCGCUCCAUUGAGAGACAUCAGACUGAACAGCUGGAGAUGAUGGAGGAGAAGCAGAAAGCAGCAGAGAAACAGAAGAAAGAGCUGAUUGAAGAGCUGGAGCAGGUGAUCACUGAGCUAAAGAUGAGAAACAUUAAACUGCAGCAGCUUUCACAAACUGAAGAUGUCAUACAGAUUUACUCAUCUCUGAGCAGCCUCAGAAACACCAGGAACUGGCCUGAGAUCAGUGUGAACACUCGUGAGAAUCUGGAGAGUCUGAUGAGAGAUCUGACUCAACUGAAGGACACUAUAGAUGAGAAACUUGAUCAAACAAAGCUGAAGUGGAUGCAGCAGUAUGCAGUGGAUGUGACUCUGAAUCCUGAUACAGCUCAUCCAUUUCUCAUUCUGUCUGAUGAUGGAAAACAAGUGAGAGAUGGAGGCAUUGAUCAGAAACUCCGAGACAAACCAGAGAGAUUUGAUUACGGUGUCUGUGUCCUGGGAAAGGAGGGAUUCUCUGCAGGGAGAUUUUAUUUUGAGGUGCAGGUGAAGGGAAAGACUAAUUGGGAUUUAGGAGUGGUCAGAGAAUCCAUUAACAGGAAGGGACAGAUCACACUGAAACCCAGUGAUGGACACUGGACUGUGGCUCUGAGGAAUGGAGAUGAAUAUAAAGCCUGUGCUGGUCCUUCUGUCUCUCUGUCUCUGAGAGUGAAGCCGCAGCGGGUCGGUGUGUUUGUGGAUUAUGAGGAGGGUCUGGUCUCCUUUUAUGAUGCAGAGUCCAGAUCUCAUAUCUACUCUUUCACUGCUCAGUCUUUCACUGGGAAACUCUAUCCUUAUUUUAGCCCAUACCUUAAUGAAGGAGGUAAAAACUCACUACCACUGAUCAUCACACCUGUCACGAAGGAACAUUAAUUUAUACAUGAAAUAGGAUCACAGUGAUUUUUAAUUAUUAUUUCAAAUCUGAUAAUGUAUGUGGUGCUACUCAAGUGAUGAAAGUUUUUUUCAUCACAUAUUUUAAAGUCAAAAUGUAAUGCUUGUCUUAAAUGUUUAAUACAUUCUUUUCCCCCUAACACUUAUGACUUUUCUACACCAUUUUCACAUCUUGUGAAAAAGUGAAACUGCCUGUAAAAUGCUUUCAUCAAAACGCACCAAACUAUUAAAGCCUUUAAACUGUU